AUGAACAACGGACCCUGUGUGGGCGCGGGGGCACGGAGGCACUUCUGGCUCUCCUCCUCGCUGGCCCUGCUUGUUGUUGCCGGGUCCUGGCACCAGCCAGGUCCUCACCAGCUGCCCCACUGGCGGUGUCCCCACCGGCGCACCCGCGGCACCGCGGAGUCCUCCGCCUGCCGCUGCAAGUGCAUCCUGCGGCCGCUCAGCAGGGACGCCUGCAGCCGCGUCAGGAGCGGCAGCGUGCGGGUGGAAGACUUCUACACGGUGGAGACGGUGAGCUCAGGGGCCGACUGCAAGUGCUCCUGCACCGCUCCCCCCUCCUCGCUCAACCCCUGCGAGAACGAGUGGAAGAUGGAGAAGCUGAAGAAGCAGGCGCCCGAGCUCUUCAAGCUGCAGUCCAUGGUGGACCUGCUGGAGGGAACGCUCUACAGCAUGGACCUGAUGAAGGUGCACUCCUACAUUAACAAGGUGGUGGCCCAGAUGAACACCCUGGAGGAGACCAUCAAGACUAACCUGAGCAGAGAGAACAACUUCAUGAAGGAGAGCGUCCUACACCUCACUGACCAGAUGAAACGCUACGAGAACUACUCCGAUAUCAUGAUCAGCAUCAAGAAGGAGAUCUCCAACCUGGGCUACCAGCUGCUGCAGAAGGAUGCUGCCGGCGUCCCCGAGAGCAAGGCACAGGACACGGCAGAUGGCAGAGAGAAGGAGGCAGGACGGUACCCCAGCACCCGCAAGGUGCAGGGGGACAGGGCAGCCCCCCGAGCGCCCAAGGAGAAGCUGGUGAAGCCUGAGAAGCCCAAAAAGGACCCUGCGAAGGGCAGGGUGGGCUCACAGCCCAUGCCCAAGCCCAAGCCCAAGCCACCAGCGCACCAGCAAACCGUGGUCCGGGGCAUCACGUACUACAAGGCCGGGCAGGAGGGGGCGGAGGG